AUGACGACGAGAACUUUUGCCGCCAACGAUGGUGGGGAGAGCGGCGGGAAGAAGAACAACAACAACAGUCACCACCGAAACGGCCGAGGCUCGGAGACGUGGAAAAACAAGAACGAAGCGAAAGAUGAAUUCUCGGCGAAGAAUAAAAACUGCGUCGUGGAAGCGAGACAGUUGAAGAAGACGCACGACGGGGAAAGAUAUCAAUUCGAUGGCUUGGACUUUAGCCUCUCGGAAGGGCAAAAAUUCGCCGUGGUCGGACCGAACGGAUCGGGGAAGUCGACUUUGUUAGAAGUCAUCGGAGGGAAAGAGGAACAGUUUCAAGGCGAGAUGUGGCGGAGGAAGAACUCGACGUUCGUGUUGGUCGAACAAGAACCGGAGUUUCAAGGGUCGAUGACGGUGUUGGAAGCGUUAUACGCCGCGAAUACGCCCCUGACGAACUUGUUGAAAAGAUACGAGGAGAUUACGAAUAAUAGCGAAGGAAGUAACGAGGAAGUACACAGCGGUGAAUUAACGAAAGUCUUGGAAGAGAUGGACGCGGCGAACGCCUGGGACGCGGAGAGGCGAGUGAAAGAAACGCUGAAGAAAUUCGGAUUAGGACAAGAGUUUUUUCAGAAAACCACGGAGAAGUUAUCGAUCGGCGAGAAGAAACGGUUGGCGUUAGCCGCGGCGUUGAUUGAAUCGCCGGAUGUUUUGAUUUUAGAUGAACCGACGAAUCAUUUGUCCGUAGAAGGCGUCGAGUUUUUGGAAACUGCUGUGAGGGAAAAUAAAAAAAUGGCCGCGCUCGUCGUCUCGCACGACAGACAGUUUAUCGAUAACGUGUCCACGAACAUUUUGGAGUUGGACGGGUUCGGUGGUGGUCAUCAACACGGAUCAGGCGGGUAUUCCUCUUAUUUAGAAGGCCGAGAAAGGAGAUGGCAAGCGGAGGCGAAAGAUUUAGCGAGCGCGAAAAACACCUUACGAAAAGAAGCCGAGUGGAUGCGAAGGCAGCCGAAAGCGCGAUCGACGAAAGAAAAAGCGAGAAUUGAAAGGUUUUAUUCCUUGAGUCAACGCGCCUCGGAAAAAGGGACGAAAGGAAAAACGUUAGAUAUUAGUACGGAUGUAAAAUCGACGCGAAUGGGCGACGUUGUCGUUGAGUUCGACAACGCGAUGUUGAAAUUUUCCAACGAGAAGGUCAUUUUAGACGGAUUCACCUACGCGUUUUCAAAGAAGGAAAAAAUCGGGAUUGUUGGACCGAACGGUGCCGGUAAAACGACUUUUAUUAAGGCUUUAUUAGGCGAAAUCCCGUUAGACGACGGAUUCGUGAACGUUGGCGAAACCAUACGGUUCGGGUACUACUCCCAAACCGCAGAGUUUGCCGACGACGAGCAGCGCGUGUUCGACUACGUCACCGAAGUCGACGCCGACGUCAAAGCCAUGGGAUACAGUGGAUUUCAAGAUUCCAAUUUAAGCGCGCGAGCGUUGCUGGAAAAGUUCAACUUUGGUGGUUCUAAACAAGCCACGCCGAUUGGUAUGCUUUCCGGUGGCGAACAGCGUCGAUUACAGUUGUUAACCGUCUUGGCAAAACGACCAAACUUUUUAAUCUUGGACGAACCGACGAACGAUUUAGAUCUAGAUACGAUUGAGGUGUUGGAACAGUUAUUGGUUGAUUUCGACGGGUGCGUGUUAAUCGUUAGUCACGACCGCGCGUUCGUGAACACGGUUGCCGACCACAUUUUCGUCUUUGACGGUAAAGGCGGCAUAUCCGAUUGGAGCGGCUCGUACACGGAGCUGCGAGAGUACAUACGAGAGACGCAACAGCAAGAGGCAAACGGUGGUAUCAACAACGACGAAAAUUGCGCCAUCGACGAUAAUGGCGUGAGCACAAGCACCGAAACUGGGGAACCGUGCGGCCCAGUCCUCACUCGAGAGAUGGAAAAAGAAGCGUUAAACGCGCCAAAAAUCAUCGCCAAAAUCGAAAAAGCCAUCGCGGUGAUCGACGAAGACAUUUCAAAGCUCGACGCGGAGAUGGUCGCCGCGGAGAACGACUACGGAAAGUUGGCUGAAAUUCAAAAGCUCAAAGACGAGAAAGUCACGAAACAAGAGGCGUACUUUGCGGAAUACACGCGAUUGGAAGAGGUCAUCGAAACCGUCGAAUCCAUUCGAAACGCCCAAGCGGCUGCGAGAUGA